CGGGGGUGCCCGAGCUCCGCCCUCCGCGCCUCCCACCACCCCUCGCACAACGGAGGCCUUAAAUCAGCGGGUGCGGGCUGGGGAGAGGCGUGGGCUCGGAGCGUGGGCGCGGCCGGCUCCCCGUGCGGUCCGUUAGGUGGAGGAGCGGCAGCCGCUCAGCAGUCCGUUGCCGGCGAUGGAUGCUAAAAAGAAAAUCACAGUACCCCUUGUCUAUGCAGUUACCAUUGCUGCCAUUGGAUCUCUCCAGUUUGGGUACAACACUGGUGUCAUCAAUGCUCCUGAGAAGAUCAUCCGGGGCUUCUUCAAUGGGACCCUGUCAGAACGGAGUGGGAAGCCUCCUUCCCCAGAGCUCCUCACCUCUCUCUGGUCUCUUUCUGUGGCCAUCUUCUCAGUAGGAGGCAUGAUCGGCUCCUUCUCAGUCAGCCUGUUUGUCAACAGAUUUGGCAGGAGGAACUCUAUGUUACUGGUGAACAUCUUGGCCUUUGUUGGUGGUACUUCUAUGGCCUUCUCCAAGAUGGCAAAGGCAGUGGAGAUGCUGAUUAUUGGCCGCUUUGUUAUUGGUGUCUUCUGUGGUCUCUGCACUGGCUUUGUGCCCAUGUACAUCAGUGAGGUCUCACCCACCAGCCUCCGUGGAGCCUUUGGCACCCUCAACCAGCUGGGCAUUGUUGUGGGCAUCCUGGUGGCCCAGAUCUUUGGGCUGGAGGAAAUCAUGGGGACGGAACUACUUUGGCCACUGCUUUUGGGGUUCACAGUCCUCCCAGCGCUUCUGCAGUGUGUGGCUCUUCUUUUCUGCCCUGAGAGUCCCCGCUUCCUAUUGAUCAACAAGAUGGAGGAAGAGAAAGCUCAAGCAGUUCUUCAGAAGCUCCGCGGUACGCAAGAUGUGUCUCAAGACAUCCAGGAGAUGAAAGAAGAGAGUGCCAAAAUGUCCCAGGAAAAGAAAGCAACUGUGCCAGAGCUCUUCCGUUCUCCAAGCUAUCGUCAAGCCAUUAUCAUCGCCAUCAUGCUGCAGCUCUCCCAACAGCUCUCGGGCAUCAAUGCUGUAUUCUAUUAUUCUACAGGGAUUUUUGAAAGAGCUGGUAUCACACAGCCUGUGUAUGCCACUAUUGGAGCUGGUGUCGUAAACACAGUCUUCACUGUUGUGUCGCUGUUCCUGGUGGAGCGUGCGGGGCGCAGGACUCUUCAUUUAAUUGGCUUGGGUGGCAUGGCUGUGUGUGCUGCUGUUAUGACCAUCGCUUUAGCUCUGAAGGACACUGUGGGAUGGAUCAGAUACAUCAGCAUUAUUGCCACUUUUGGCUUUGUGGCUCUUUUUGAGAUUGGCCCUGGCCCUAUCCCAUGGUUCAUUGUGGCAGAACUCUUCAGCCAGGGCCCACGGCCUGCAGCCAUGGCAGUGGCCGGUUGUUCCAACUGGACUUCCAAUUUCUUGGUGGGAAUGCUUUUUCCCUAUGCAGAGAAACUGUGUGGCCCCUAUGUCUUCCUCAUCUUCCUUGUUUUCCUGGUCAUCUUCUUUAUCUUCACAUUCUUCAAAGUGCCGGAGACCAAGGGCAGGACUUUUGAAGAUAUCUCCAGGGGCUUUGAAGGACGAGCAGAAGCCAGCCCCUCUUCACCUGUAGAGAAGAACCCCAUGGUGGAGCUGAACAGCAUACAACCUAACAAACAAGUUGCCUGAGAUUCAUGAUGCACCCCUUCUUUGACUCUUACAUGCUUUAAAGAGUCACAAAAGGAAUUGACAAAGAGAACCAUGAGAACUGGGACAUUAACAACCUCCCCCCCCCCUUCCCUUCAGUUGCUGCUAUUUUCUUCUUUGUGCCCAUAUACCCACCUAUUCUGCCAGGCUUACAAGCAUUAAGCAAAGCUGAUGUUGGUGGUCCCAUUUUCAAGUACUGGAAGGCACCUGGCACUUGGAAAAAUAAUUUCAUCUUCCCUGUCACAAACACUGGGGGAACAGAGAAGAGCUGGCGAUAUUUUUUUUUGCUUUUCUCACCUUUAAUUGCUAUUUGGGGUUAAUACUUACGCACGCAGUGACCAUUAUAUAUUUGAAUCUAAUUCCUAUUUUUUUAGUGAGUUGAAGUGAGCCACUAAACAGGUCCCUGGCCCUUUGAGUCUACUGUGUGUGUGUGUGUGUGUGUGUGUGUGUGUGUGUGCAGUGUUACACUGGAAUUUAACAAGCCUACCAAAAAGCCAUCUACUUGCUUUUUCCUAUCCAGUGUGCACUUUUUUUUAGCCUCAGGAAAAAGGGGACCAAGUUACAUGCAUAUUUUUCCUGCUCUUUUAUUUUUUUUUCUGUAUAGACAGACUGAAAGCAUACUUAAGUUUAUUUAUUUGUAUGUCACUUUGUAAAUAUUUUAUUUUUUUAAAUGGUGUACAAAAGUGUACAGAUACUGAAAUUGAAGAUGUUUAAGAGAAAUAGCUAAUCUAACAAGAUGCUGUAGACUUGAGGUGCAGUAAGACUGAAUGAGAAAUGUGGUACUAAACAGGAAAUUGGGCAUUUUGGAUGGUAUGGACAACAGCCAGUUCUGCACAUAACACUGACAUGGUAUUUGUGCCCUCUGGAAGGAAAUGCAAGAGAUUGCGUACUAGCAGGAAGAGGUAUGUUUGUCUACUGAAAUCUCUGUUCAUUGGGAUUUUUUUGGGUGGCAAUUUUAAAUACCGUUUCCAAGUCUUGAUUAGAAAGUGGUAUCGCAGCAAAUUAAUUUUAUUAGUUUAGUUUAUAUUUUAGGUCAUGGUUAAGCAUAGUUUA